AUGACAAGGCUCACAAUCCUAGCAGCAGCGGGUCUUCUUGUGGCAGUUCUCUUUGUCUUCAACACCUCGGUCAGGGCUCACCGGACAACCAUAACAACCGUGGAGAUCGAAUCCGAGAACCCAGAACCCUACCAGCGCUGCGAGGAGCAGAUCCGGCGCCAGAACUUGAGGCAGUGCCAGCAGUACAUAAGGGAGGGUCGAGGUCAGUACGGAGUGCUCGAGUUCAAUAGCGAAGCCGAGAAUUACAUCAGCUCAUCUCAGACGCAGCAACUCCAGCAGUGCUGCAAUCAACUGAAACGGAUGGACCAGCAGUGCCAGUGUGAGGCCAUGACUCACAUAAUGAGGCAGCAGAGGCGACAGCAGGGGCAGCAGCUCAGCGGUGAGCGGUUGCAGCAGAUGGUUCAGAGAGCCCAAAACUUGCCUAGAGUAUGCGGGUCUGGACCCCAGCAGUGCGAUGUGCGAGUAGACUUGUUCUAG